UGCGGUGAAUUAUUCUCAGCCACCACAUACUCUGCUUUCUUGUACUUUACACUCUCUGCGAUGGACAACAUCCAGCCGCUACUGUCUGUGCUAGACGUAUUCACCCGAGCACCAGACAAAAUAUCACUGGAGAAUGCCAAUACAUGGCUUCAAGACUUCCAACAUUCUUCAGAAGCCUGGGCAACCUCUAAUGUCCUUCUCCUUUCUCCCGAUGCACCCUCGGCAGCAAAGCUUUUUGCUGCACAGACCUUCAGAUCCAAGGUCACCUACGAUCUCCAUCAAGUCGAUCCAGCUAAUCUGUCGUCAUUGCGUGACACAUUACUGACAGCUCUGGGGAGUUACCAGACUGGGCCAAGGACCAUUAUCGUUCAGCUAUGUCUCGCACUGGUCGGUUUAGCCGUACAGUAUCCAGCCUGGGAUAACGCCGUGCAAACCAUGAUUGAUAUGUUUGGGAGAGACCCAUCAUCUGUUCCCGUUUUAUUACAGUUCCUUACGCUUCUACCUGAGGAGCUGAGCAGUAGCACAAGAUAUCCGGUUUCCAAUGAAGACCUCCGUCAACGGUCCAAUGCUCUACUUACUUCCCACUCCAAGCAGGUCAUCGAGUUGUUAGCAAUGUAUUUGCAGGCUCCUGUUGUAACGACUACCGUACAGGAGCAGGUGUUUAAUUGUCUUCGAAGCUGGCUGGUCGCGGGGGAAAUUAGUCCGUCAGUUUUGGGCAAGACGGCUUUAUUCUCGUUCGCGUUCGAUGCACUUGCCUCCGACCAGCUUUUCGACUCAGCCGUCAAUGUCAUAUGUGAUCUUAUUCACGAAACACAAGAAGUUGACUCCAAUAUGCCUGUCAUCCAGCUCAUCGUUCCCAGAGUUAUCGCGCUGAAGCCCCAGUUGACUAAAGAAAGAGAAGAUCCGGAGAAAAUAAGAGGCUAUGCUCGCAUCUUCUCAGAGGCAGGCGACACGUACCGGCUGCUUCUGAUACAACACACAGAGGCGUUCUUCCCCAUCGUGGAAGCGAUUGGAGAAUGUUCGGCGUACCACGACCUCGACAUUGUCCCUAUAACUUUCCCCUUCUGGAUGCGCCUGGCAAAUAAUUUGUCAAAAAAACCAUCUAUCCCCCCCCUCUUUUUGAAUGCCUAUCAAGCACUUGUAGGCGUUAUCAUCGACCAUCUACACUUUCCUCCAGACUCUACACCUUUAUCUGGACAAGAAGCGGAUGACUUCAGGUCCUUCCGACAUGUCAUGGGUGAUACGCUAAAGGACUGUUGCAUCGUCCUUCGCCCUGAUACGUGUUUACUCGCAGCAUAUGAUCGUAUUGCUGUAGCGCUCAAUCGUAGAAACAACGUUUCAUGGCAGGAAAUUGAAGCGCCUUUGUUUGCGCUCCGGUCUAUGGGUGCCGAGGCCGUCCCUACCGACGAUGUGGCUGUUCCAAAAAUCAUGGAUCUUAUACCAACGCUACCAGGCCAUCCAAAGGUCCGCUACGCGGCGUUGCUAAUCAUAUCUCGGUAUACAGAGUGGAUUGACAUGCAUCCGAAUUAUAUUUCCUUCCAGUUACAAUAUAUAUCGGCCGGUUUCGAUAUCCCGGACCCUGAAGUCAGUGCUGCUGCCGGUGUAGCUCUCAAAUACAUGUGUCAAGAUUGUAGACAGCAUCUUACCGAAUUUUUGCCUACCCUCCAUACGUUCCUCAAAUCUUCUGGGGCGAAAUUGUCCCAGGAUGACAAACGUCAAGUAUAUGAGGCCAUCGCAUACGUCAUUUCUGCAAUGCCAAUGGAGAGAGCUGCUGAAUCAUUGCGUACUUUCUCUGUUGAUAUCCUGUCGGGGGUACAUGAUGUGACGAAUCAAGCUACUGUGAUGAAAGACGAAAUGCAGAACGCUUGCGAUGGUCUUGAAAAUCUGGAAGCCAUGCUGUGUGUUAUUCAGAGCUUCGGCGAGGACUUGCCUAUUGCCUGUCAAAACACGUGUGAGCAAACCUGGGCAGUCUUCGACAACUUCUUGACAAAGUAUGGUACGGAAUACGAAGUGGCGGAAAGAACAAAUCGAGUUCUGCGCCGUGGUAUCACGUUUUACGGGCAAGCUGCGCGGCCUGUGGCAGUUUCUGUGCUGACGAAGAUGUCGUACAUGUUCGACACUAGCCAAGUAUCCAGCUACCUGUGGAUUGGUGGCAAGAUUGUAGAAGGAUUCAUUGCGGAGGGGGAAAAUGCAAUUCAGACGGCCUGUCAAGAUAUUUAUGAGCGAUCUACGCAAAGAAUGAUAGCUCUUCUCCAGACGAAGCAGGCUACGGAGAUUCCUGAUGUCCUGGAGGAUUAUGUGCAUCUCAUGAGACAUAUAUUACAGCAUGCCCCCGAUAUUUUCUUCCAAUCACCCGCGUUUCCAAUGGUCCUGGAGGCUUCUAUGGCCGCUCUGACGGUCGUCUACGACUCUAUUGUCGAUGUCGCGUUGGACCUUUUCCAUGACAUUCUAACCCAUGAAUGUUUAUCACCCUCACCCUCUACUCCUUCUCCCCAUCGCGCUGCACAUGCCACGGCCAUUCAAAGUGUUCUACAGAAAGAGGGUUAUCAGCUGGUGGGGCACCUGCUUGAUGGUCUGGUGGGUGAUUUCUAUGAGGAAAUGACGAACAGCGUGGUGUUGAUAUUCCGAUCAACGGCGUACCUUCUUCCGUCCGAACUUUUAUCGUGGCUGACCCCCAUACUACAACAAAUACCCACAACGAAGGUACCUGCGGAGAUAAAAAACGAAUUUCUUUCCGAAGUAUCACGGGCGAUUAAUGAGGGGCAGUUUGAUAAGAUCAAGUAUGCCAUGUUGGCGUUACGACGUGGGUCGAGGAAAGCACGGGAGAGGCGGCGGGAUGGAGCAGCGUCGUUCCGAUGAUGAUGGGGAAUUAGUGUAC